CCUCAGCAGCGCCGCCAUCUCUUGCUCUGCCCCGCCAUGGCCGAGACGAAGGAUGCACAUGAGGAACAUGACUCAACAACUGACAAUGUAGAUGAUUCUAACCAUGACCCCCAGUUUGAGCCCAUAGUUUCCCUUCCUGAGCAAGAGAUCAGAACUCUUGAGGAAGAUGAGGAAGAACUCUUUAAGAUGCGUGCAAAAUUGUUCCGGUUUGCAUCAGAAAAUGAUCUUCCAGAAUGGAAAGAACGAGGCACUGGUGAUGUAAAACUCCUGAAGCACAAAGAGAAGGGGACCGUUCGCCUCUUGAUGAGGAGAGAUAAAACCUUAAAGAUCUGUGCAAAUCAUUACAUUACGCCUUUAAUGGAGCUGAAGCCGAAUGCUGGCAGUGACAGGGCAUGGGUGUGGAAUACACAUGCUGACUUCGCAGAUGAGAGCCCCAAGCCAGAACUUCUGGCAAUUCGGUUUUUAAAUGCGGAAAAUGCACAGAAAUUCAAGGCAAAAUUUGAGGAAUGUAGGAAUGAAGUUGAUAAAAAGUUAAAGAAAGCAGGAGCAGACAAAAAUGAUAGCGCUGAUAAGGUUGCUGAGAAAUUAGAAGAACUUUCUGUAAAGGGAGAGAGCAAAGAACCUGAGAAGAAAGAAGUGAAGGAGGAAACUGAAGAAAAGCAAUAAAUCAUCUUGGGCCUUGUAUUUUUUUUCUUUUUCUUAACUUUUUUAAUUUUUACAAGGGACUUUAUAAAGAACUGUAUUCCAACAUUCGAAGUUUUUUUCUAAGCUUUUGCCCUUUUUUGAAGAGGUCUUCAGAAAAAUUCAUUCCCCAGUCAUGAAAAUGUACUGUGCUAAACUUUCUUUUCCAUAGUGGAAACACUUAUUUAUAGUCAUCCAAGAGAGUGAAUAAAGCUUUGAAAAAUGGGACAGAACUGAGUUUUCUAUAUGCUUCAGAUGUGUGACUGCAGUUCUUACAUUUUGGGUUUCUAUUUUUGAGUGCAUAUCUUUAGAUGAAAUGUGGUAUAACUGAAUUCUUACCAAUAGGAAAGGUGCAAGUAAUAAAGAUGUUUCUUGUAUGUUGUGUCUGAAAGCUGUAAUGACUGAAACAAGAUACUUUUAAUGCUAAGAUUUGUUUUCCUUGUCAUUAAACCUUGAGUGGCCAGCUAUGUAAGUCUUGGAUUCUCCGCUUGAAAUAACUGUAUUUUA